AUGGCGACGGCCGAGAAGGUGACCAAUGACGACACUGUUCAUCGCCAUUCGGUUCUUGUAAAUCUCAUCAAGACAUGUCGAGACCUAGCAAAAGACCUUGGUGCGCUGGCCAGCAGCCUAGACUCGGCACCUCUGACCCUUUCAGCUCUGGCCAAGGAAUGCCGAACCGUUACCAGCGUGCUGAAAACCGUUUUAAGCUCUUCUGCUCGACCUACUCCCUGGCGAUCCGGGACGCCUUAUAGGCAGGGUACGCCGGCUGGGUUGGCUAGGCCGAAGGCGCAUAUGCAGCUUUCCAACUUCCAAGAUGAUUGA